AUCGCCAGAUUUUAGUAAAACAUAUUCUGCGCUUAGAAUAUCAUGAACAGUCUGCGUUUUGCUGUGAAACAGUCCAGUAAUCAAAAAUUGAAAGUUGAAAUAAUCCAAAUCAAAAUAAAAGCAAUAAGUAUAUGCUAAAUUAAUUAUUAGAAUAGCAACAAAGAGAAAAUGUCAAUGAAACAGCGUACUGGCGCGCUAUCAGCGUUUUAUAUUUUAUAUUUAUUGCAUGCAACAACAGCGUUUCAAGUCCAAUCAACACCACAACCAACGGUAAAUCAAACCUUAAAGAUUGGUGUUUACUAUGAGACGCUUUGUCCGGACAGCAGGGCAUUCAUACGUAAUUCACUAUACGAUGCGAUGAUAAUAAACGGCUGGCUAAAAUAUACGGAGCUAGUACUGGUGCCAUAUGGAAAAGUGUCGGCUUGGACGGACCCAGCUACGAAUAUAACGACACUAUUUUGCCAACAUGGACACAGUGAAUGUGAAUUGAAUGCACUGCAUGCCUGCAUUGUGGAGCACAAUGAUGUGAAUGACCAGAUCAAAUUGAUAAGCUGUUUAUUAACGGGCCAUUCAACAAGUCUGGAUGAGUGUGCCAAAGAUUUGAUGAUUGAUGUGAGCGCGGCGAAGGAAUGUAAAUCUACGCGUAGCACUCCAGAUAUAUUAAAGAAGUAUGGCGAAAUGACGGAUGCGCUGGAUAUAUCUUUCGUGCCAUCAGUAACCUUCGAUAAUAAAUUUAAUCGCUGGCGUCAACGUUAUUUCAUAUACAACUUCCCUGUAAUAUACUGCCGCGAGUAUGACAACAAAUUUAAUAUUACCUUGCCGCACUGCUAAUAAAUAAGUACUUUUUAUGAUAGAAUAUGUAUGAAAAAUAAAUUAAUAAAGCAAUUUUAUAUUGAA